GGAGGAGGCGGAUGGCACGGUGGUGUUUUGAGCUGCCCAUGGCAGCAGACGACAUGCUCACGGCCUUCGAUGUGGACGACACCGGUGCUGCCGUGCUCAACGCCCUCGACCACCCCCAUGACUGGGAUGGCGAGUACAUGUGUCUAGCGGGCUACCACGCCCCCCUGCACCAGUACGUCUCCGACUUCCACCGCGUCACGGGCCGCCCCGCCCGCCUGCACACCACUGAGAAGGCGGCCUCUGACGAGUGGACGCAGCAAUGCGCGGCGCUGCAACCCGCACCUCAAGACGUGGCGCCAGUGGCUGCAGGAGAGCGGCUGGAAGGGGCCCAGGGGGUAGAGGAGGGCGAGGGGAAGGGAGAAGCCACGGGGGAAGUGAAGGGAGAAGGUGAGGUUGAGUCUGAAGCUAGGGGUGGAGGGAAGGAGGUGGGGGGAGGGGCGAAGGAGGUGGGGGGAGGGGCGAAGGAGGUGGGGGGAGGGGCGAAGGAGGUGGGGGGAGGGGCGAAGGAGGUGGGGGGAGGGGCGAAGGAGGUGGGGGAGGGGCGAAGGAGGUGGGGGGAGGGGCGAAGGAGGUGGGGGGAGGGGCGAAGGAGGGUGGGGGGAGGGGCGAAGGAGGUGGGGCAUGGGGGUGAGGCCCCUCCCAAGGCGCAUGUGGCGGGCGCAUAG